AGGACUCGUAAUCAUCACAUCCUUUUGUUCUAUUAUUGGAUCAGGAAAACGAAACCGUAAGAGUGGAAACACAUCAGGUGUCGAAAAGUUGACGAAGGUUUUGAAAAAGCAACUCUGUAAGACGUACUAACAAGAUAUGAUGGUCUACAUCUGGCUUCCUAACUCGUCCCAUGUUGGUCAUGCUUCUCUAGAACUCUCCAACGGAAGGUACAUAAGCUGGUGGCCAGAUGAAGGAAAGAAGAAAAGUAAACCGCUGACAAUUCACGGAUCAUCUCACGAAUCCUUGGAGGAUGACGUCGAGGCAGAAGAACGAGAUCCUGACAAAACAUUCGACCUUGAUGACCUUGAUUACGACGAAGAAGAUAUCGAAGACUGGUGGAUCGAAUGGAGCAACAGAGGGAGCUAUUUCCUGCUUGGUACCAACUGCUGCUGGGUUGUCUACGAAGCUUUACGACAUGGCGGUGCUCCCAUCAGUCCUAAUCCGAUCUGGACCCCGUCUAUUCUCUACCGUUAUUUGGUAAGAGUGACGGAGGGGUUUUGGGCUAUGCUUGGUACAUUUCCCAUUACAUCGCUCAUUUGAUGUAUUUGAUCUCAUUUUUGGAGAGGCGGUGUAUAGAUAGACGGAUAGCUUAAUGGCGCGAAUAAUGAUUCCCCCCCAAAAUAAAGCUUUGUUUAGCAAAUUUGCAUAUUGGAA